AGGCGGUGAGGGCGGCAGCUCUCUUCGUUGUCGCCGCGAACAUCUGUCACCAAGAAGCCAUGUCCGCAGCCACCUCUAAACCUAUCAUGAAGGCGAGUCUCCCACCUGCCUGCACUCCGGAUUCCUCGGGGCUUGGCUAAGAUCUCAAUGGCCGACUGCGUCCAGCGCGGCCUGGGCGGCGUGCCGGCGGGCGUCCCCUCCUCCACGGGCUCGUCCUCUCUUAACGGAACCCGGGUCUACCCGGACGGCGUGGUGUGGGAUGGGCCGCUGAUACAGCGCGUGGCAACGCUGUCCGUCAUCAUGCUCUUCACGCUGGUCGGCAACUCGACUGUCCUGGUGGUCCUGUCCAGGCCCCGCGUCGCCAAGAGGGCCUCACGGGUCAACCUCUUCAUCUUCAACCUGGCGCUGGGGGACCUCGCCGUCUGCCUCUUCACGCAGUCCUCCGAGAUGCUCUUCGAGGUAGGUCUUCGGCAGCUGGGUGCUGGGCGGUGUGGCCUGCAAGGUCAUCGUGUACCUGCAGAUCGUGACCCUGGCCUCGACCACGUUCAUCCUGACCUCGAUGAGCUACGACCGGUACAUGGCCAUCUGCAAGCCCCUCGAGUCCAGGUCGGGCCUCAGGCGGGCCCGCUGCAUGGUCGCCGCCUCCUGGGCCAUGGCCUUCGUCUUUGCCACUCCGCAGCUCUUCAUCUUCGUCCAGGUUCAGACGGGCGUGACGGCGUCCGGUCGGCCCCACCUGGAGUGCCUGAGCGUGGGCUACACGCACCACUGGCAGCGGCAGCUCUACUUCAGCUGGCUCACACUCUACAUCCUGGUCGUGCCGGGCCUGCUCAUCUCCGCCUUCUACCUGAGCCUGCUGAGGGCCGUGUGGGCGGCAUCCGACGCCAUCGCGGUCAUGCCGGCCAAGGACAGUGGCAACGGGGCUAUGGCGCUACGGCGCUGUACCCGGGCAGAACCCUUACUGUCGCGUGCGCGAGCCAAGACGCUCAAACUGACGGUCUGCAUCAUCGCCAGCUUCGUGCUCUGCUGGAUCCCGUACUUCGCCGUCCACAACGUCCGCAUCCACAGUCACUACUGCAUCAAGGUCCCCCGGGCGGUCAUCGUGUUCGCCGAGACGCUGGCCCUGCUCAACAGCGCCGUCAACCCGGUCUUCUACGGCCUCUUCAACUCCCACAUCCGUCGCGGACUGCGGGACAUCAUUCGAGCUUGCAGAAGACGCAGCGACCUUGGGCCAGAGCGCGAGUCCACGAUGCGCAAGGGAGGCAACGCCUUCACCACGUCAACGUGUGCUCUCGAAGCGUCCUCGGGCGACUGCUUUCCCGGGCAGCCCUUGAAGACAAUGGGCUCCAUCGGUGCGGGAAAGUUGAUCACCAACGGGGACAUUGCUGUGGUCUGAAAGUAUAGGUCACAAGGACGCCAUUUGGAUGGGGCCGUAUCAACCGGUGUCGUCACAAUCACGUGCACUGCUGUCGAAACGAAGAUGAAGACGUGUUCCAACCGUUCCUGUGUCGUGAAUUAUGCUCAUGACAUUCAACAAGCCGGAUCUGGAACAUGACCUGCGUCGGUCUGAGUGACGGCCCUUACGUGGGUCGGUUCAAACUGACUUUUGAUCUAAGGCCAAGGUGGGCUUUUGGGGAUACUAGGUGGUUGUGUAAUUAAUAUUUAGUCCCAGUGUUUACAUUCGGUGUGUGAUUGGAAAACUUGGCGAGUAAAAAACAAAACAACUCUAUUUCAAUGGAGGCCAGAGGAACUAUGGCCUUUUUAGUUUAUUUUGCUGCCUAUUGUACCCAGGUCGUCGAAAUCCUACAUGCCUGAAAGACGGCAUUUCCCUAUUGUGUUUUAGGGCGCUGCAAUGAAUUAGCCUGCCCCCUAUUUGCCGUCCGGGUUCGGUUCGAGAGAGCAAGAGUAAAUGUGUUUUAUUUGUGGUAAACGAAGACAUCUCUUUGAAUCAGUUAAAUUUUAAUUUCAGCUGCUCAGGAAUUUUAAGUCAUUGGAAGUGGGAAAACCUCAAACAUACCGGCCUGUCUUCGGUUCGUUUCAUGGUUCUCCUGGCACUGCAUCGGUGGUGUGAGUAAAAUAACAGGACAGAAAAGGAACUCAUACAUGCACUCAGCGACGUCGUUGAUGAGUAUCAGUGAAUCCUUAUAUGCCACAGUCCUGCAUCCGUCUUUGAGCCUCGCUCUCUUACGUCAAAAAGGUGUGUGCAGAAAAUGCAGCCGAAACAAGCGGUAACUUUAUUAAAUUUACUUAAUUCUUGGUUUAAUAAGCUCUGGUUAAUUCAGACACUUAUUCCGUACAAUAUCUUUGAUUCGGAAGAUUAGUCUCGUAUCACCAGAAUAGUUGUGAAUCGUAUCAAAUAGCUUUAAUGACCCGUCCAAAAUACGGAUUGAUCGAUUUUCUUGUGUUAAAACUAAUUCAUUGUGUUGCCAUAAACAUAACACGAUUUGCAGUUAUUUUUGUAGUGUUUCGCAGAGGGUAAUAACUUUUUUUAUGAACCCUGAAUUAAUGGUGUAACUAGUGUGAGUUUCCCGCCGUAUGUAGCAAUUCGUGUGAUGGAAGAAGAAAUUGAUAUCUUGGUUCAAAGCAGCGCGACCAAACAAGGACAAAGUAAAGACGAGACAGACGACAGACGACGUCUUCGCUUUAUCCUUGUUUUGUCGCGCUGUUUCAAACCCGUAUGCUCAUCAACCAACUAACCAUAACGUACAUUUUAAGAAAUUAAUAAAAAAAGGCUCAAGAUAAUAUAA